AUGUCGACAGCAGGCGGGUACAGGAAUGUUGCAUACUUUGUAAAUUGGGGCAUAUAUGGACGCAACUACCAUCCUCAGGACCUCCCAGCCGAGGAACUGACUCAUAUACUCUACGCUUUUGCAAAUGUUCGUCCAGAAUCUGGCGAGGUGUACUUGACAGACACAUGGUCAGACACUGAUAAGCACUACGAACACGACUCCUGGAACGAUGUCGGAACGAACGUGUAUGGCUGUGCCAAACAGCUUUUUCUACAGAAGAAGAAGCACCGCCAGAUGAAAUUGCUACUGUCGAUAGGAGGAUGGACUUACUCUUCCAACUUCGCACAACCAGCUUCGACGCCCCAAGGUAGAGCCAGAUUCGCUAACAGUGCGGUGGAUGUCAUGAUGAAUCUUGGCUUUGAUGGUCUCGACAUCGACUGGGAAUACCCUCAAAAUGAUGCUCAGGCAAAAGACAUGGUACUCCUGCUUGCCGAGACCCGCAAAGCCUUGGACGCUUACGCCGCCGAACACACACCAGGAACCCACUACCUCCUGACUGUCGCCUCUCCCGCAGGCCCACAGAACUACAACCGUAUGUGCCUCGCCGAGAUGGACCAGUAUCUUGAUUUCUGGAACCUGAUGGCGUACGACUUCGCCGGCAGCUGGGACUCGACCGCCGGCCACCAAGCCAACUGGCACGUCUCCCCUUCAGACCCACGAUGUACACCGUUCAGCACCGCCCAAGCGCUUCGCGACUACAUCGCUGCCGGCGUGCCCGCGAACAAGAUAGUCGUCGGUAUGCCUCUCUACGGACGCAGUUUCGCCAACACCGCCGGUCCUGGGUCAGCAUAUCAAGGCGUCGGGCAGGGGACGUGGGAGGCGGGUGUGUACGACUAUAAAGCACUACCCGCUCAUGGCGACGCUGUCCAAAACGAUCUCAGCGUGGGAGCGAGCUGGAGUUACGACCCAGCAAGCAGGUUGAUGGUCAGUUACGACACGCCGCAGAUGAUUGAAAUGAAAGCAGACAUGAUCAAAGAGAUGGGGCUCGGUGGGGCGAUGUACUGGGAGAGCAGUGGCGACCGAAAAGGAGAAGAGAGUUUAAUCUCUACAUUUGUGAAGAGUAUCGGUGGUGUUGGUGCGCUAGACCAGAGUCCGAACACGCUGCAGUAUCCGGCGAGCAAAUACGAUAACCUGCGUGCCGGCUUUCCGAACGAAUGA